AUUUGACUCUCUCUCUCUCUCCCUCUCUCUCUCUCUCAACUGUUCGAUUCGAAUUAUGAGCGUCAAUGGCAACCUACUCCACCACUCUCUCACCUUCCACUGCCUUCCAUCUUUCCCCAAAUCUCCCAGUCAAUUCCCCAUCGCUGCCGCGGCUUCAUCCCGCCACAAUUCCUCCCACUUUUCAGGGCUUCGUUCCUCAACCUUCCUUUAUCAUCCAGCCUCUGGUGGAUUAAGUAGAUUCUCAUUAAUCAGCAAGUAUGCUCCUGAUAAUCUAUCAUCAUUCGAGCACGAAUCUGAUUCCCCUAAGAUUCAGGAGAAAGUUUCCUUACUCACCAUUUUGAAAGGAGCGAAUUCUUUUCUGCCUCAAGUGGUUCUAGCCAGCACAAUAUUGGCUCUUGUGUACCCGCCUUCAUUCACUUGGUUCACUAACAGGUAUUAUGCUCCAGCAUUAGGCUUUCUGAUGUUCGCUGUUGGAGUUAAUUCAAGCGAGAAGGAUUUUCUCGAAGCGUUUAGGAGACCAGCAGCCAUUUCUGCUGGCUACAUUGGACAGUUUGUCAUAAAGCCCCUCUUUGGAUAUAUUUUUGGCACGAUUUCAAUGACAAUCUUCGGUCUCCCAACUCCCCUAGCUGUUGGGAUCAUGUUAACGUCUUGUGUCAGUGGGGCGCAGCUCUCGAAUUAUGCCACAUUUUUGACCGAUCCGGAAAUGGCUCCUCUUAGCAUCGUCAUGACAUCUCUGUCCACUGCUUCAGCAGUCUUUGUCACACCCUUCUUGUCGUUACUACUUAUCGGGACUAAGCUGCCCGUUGAUGUGAAAGGAAUGGUUUCCAAUAUUCUGCAGAUUGUUGUCACUCCUAUCGCCACCGGGUUGCUCUUGAAUAGAUUCUUUCCUAAACUUUGCACUGCAAUUCGUCCAAUUCUGCCUCCUCUCUCAGUGUUUGUGACUUCACUAUGCAUUGGAGCGCCACUUGCUAUCAACGUUGAAUCAGUGAUGUCCCCUUCUGGAAUUUCAGUGCUGCUGCUGGUGAUUGCAUUCCAUCUGUCAGCAUUCAUUGCUGGAUACUCCCUCACCGGUCUAGCUUUUCGUGAUCUGCCUGAUGUAAAACUUCUGCAAAGAACACUAUCAUACGAAACAGGCAUGCAGAGCAGUCUUUUAGGCCUGGCGCUUGCCAAUAAGUUCUUCGAAGACCCUCUCGUCAGCAUCCCCCCGGCUAUCUCCACUGUGAUUAUGUCGUUGAUGGGAUUCUCCCUUGUGAUGCUGUGGGCUCGAAAGAAAGAGGCUGCUGCCUAAUGAGACAGCAAGAUACAGUUUUUCAUGUUGUUGGAGGUGGAGUGUGACUCACAACUCUAUUACGCUGACAUAAACUCUCUCGAGGCAUUGGAGACAAAGAAAAGAUGGCGAGCGCGAGAGAGCUACCCACAAAAACUGUUGGUCGUAUGGUUUCUUGAUUCAAAGCUUUUACACAUAUGUCUAAUGGUAUGUUUGCAGAAACUCCUGACAAGUUGAGAGUUUAUUAAGGCUAGCUUGAUGAUGUACCAAAACAGAGUAGAAAGGAUAAAAACAAAGUAUUUGGCCUUUUUGGUCGAUUGUAUUUGUUAAUAUGAACAUGAACACAAAUUAGGGGACCAAUUGAUGUGUAACUACUACUAGUGUUAUUAUUAUUACUAUAGAAUCACUUAUUUAUAUUUCAAA